UGACAGCGCUCAUCACCCACUGAACAACCAGGACGGGUUGCAUCCAAGCAAUCGCUGCCAUUCGCAGACGGAGUUUACAGCCCUUUGCCGCCGCUUUUUCUUUCGAUCUUUUUCUGCCGCACCCCCUCCCUCUCCCGGUGCUGCCCAGCCAGUCGACCAUGGUUUCUAUAAUUUCAGACCUGGACCCUCUGAAAAGCUGGAACGUGUUAAGGCAGGACGCCAGUGACCUCUCUGGGCCGAUACAAAGUAACGGCACAGCCGGGAAGAUGAAUGGGGCGCUGGAGCAUUCAGACCAGCCGGACCCGGACGCCAUCAAGAUGUUUGUGGGUCAGAUCCCGCGCUCCUGGUCAGAGAAGGAGCUGAAGGAGCUGUUUGAGCCGUACGGCGCCGUCUACCAGAUCAACAUACUCCGAGACCGCAGCCAGAACCCUCCACAGAGCAAAGGCUGCUGUUUUGUCACGUUUUACACAAGGAAAGCUGCCCUAGAAGCCCAGAAUGCACUGCAUAACAUAAAGACCUUAACAGGGAUGCACCACCCUAUUCAGAUGAAACCUGCAGACAGUGAGAAAUCUAAUGCGGUGGAAGACAGGAAGUUGUUCAUCGGCAUGGUGUCGAAGAAGUGCAACGAGAACGACAUCCGGGUCAUGUUCUCUGCGUUUGGCCAGAUCGAGGAGUGCCGGAUCCUCAGGGGGCCCGACGGACUGAGCAGAGGAUGUGCGUUUGUCACGUUUUCCACCAGAGCUAUGGCACAGAAUGCAAUCAAAGCCAUGCACCAGUCUCAGACUAUGGAGGGCUGCUCGUCCCCCAUCGUGGUGAAGUUCGCCGACACGCAGAAGGACAAGGAGCAGCGGCGUCUGCAGCAGCAGCUGGCGCAGCAGAUGCAGCAGCUCAACAGCGCCACCACCUGGGGGAGCCUGACGGGCCUGGGCGGCCUCACCCCGCAGUAUCUGGCUUUGCUCCAGCAGGCAACCUCCUCCAGUAACCUAGGAGCCUUCAGCGGGAUCCAGCAGAUGGCCGGUAUGAGUGCUCUGCAGUUGCAGAACCUGGCCACUUUAGCAGCGGCGGCGGCGGCGGCCCAAAACUCCGCCAGUCCCAACACCGCUAACCCCCUGUCCACCAACGCCGCCUCCCUGGGAGCGUUGGCCAGCCCAGCGGCGGGCACAACAGCCAGCUCCAACGCCAGCGCCAUGAACUCUCUGACCUCUCUGGGCACCCUGCAGGGCCUGGCAGGCGCGACCGUGGGCCUGAACAACAUUAAUGCACUAGCAGGUAGCGUCAACAGUAUGGCGGCUCUCAACGGAGGACUGGGCGGCGCAGGGCUCACCAACGGGACGGCAGGCACCAUGGACGCGCUGACGCAGGCUUACUCAGGGAUCCAGCAGUAUGCCGCCGCGGCGCUGCCCACCCUCUACAGCCAGUCCCUGCUGCAGCAGCAAGGGGCCGCCGGCAGCCAGAAAGAGGGUCCUGAGGGUGCCAACCUGUUCAUCUACCACCUGCCCCAGGAGUUUGGAGACCAGGACAUACUGCAGAUGUUCAUGCCUUUCGGAAACGUGGUCUCUGCCAAAGUCUUCAUCGACAAACAGACAAAUCUUAGCAAGUGCUUCGGCUUCGUCAGCUAUGACAAUCCCGUGUCGGCACAGGCAGCCAUCCAAGCCAUGAACGGCUUUCAGAUCGGCAUGAAGCGGCUGAAGGUGCAGCUGAAGCGCUCCAAGAACGACAGCAAACCGUACUGAUCUUAGCACUAGGGUCUAUCUGCUCCCCAUGUUAGCACUGCUAGGAACAACCCAUCUCCAUGCCUGUUAGCUCAUCGUUUGCCUAGCAUGUCUCCGUGGCGUCCAAACAGACAAAAAACUCUAAACAAAACAACCCCCCUCCCCACCACCACCACCCCCACCAAAAAAAACAA